AUGAUGCUGCCAAUUUCUGGGCCCUGGAAGUUGGAGACAGAGAAAGCUGAAACAGAAGAAGAAGCAAAUAUGAUAUUGCAGCUCUUCGUGCUUUCCCAGAGAGGCGACAACAUCGUCUAUCGCGACUAUCGUGGUGAAGCUCAGAAAGGAAGCGCUGAGACAUUCUUCCGAAAAGUCAAAUUCUGGAAAGAGGAUGCCGAGGGAGAUGCUCCACCUGUUUUUAAUAUAGAUGGAGUGAACUACUUCCACGUGAAGGUUGCUGGAUUGCUAUUUGUUGCUACAACUAGAGUCAAUGUCUCCCCUUCUCUUGUUUUGGAACUUUUGCAAAGAAUUGCACGUGUCAUCAAAGAUUACCUUGGUGUUCUUAAUGAAGACUCCUUUCGAAAGAACUUUGUGCUUGUGUAUGAAUUGCUGGAUGAAGUGAUUGAUUUUGGUUAUGUGCAAACAACAUCCACUGAAGUUUUGAAGUCAUAUAUAUUCAAUGAGCCAAUAGUGAUUGAUGCUGCACGGAUGCCUCCCCUUGGUCCUGCUUCCAUUUUCAUGCAAGGGACUAAACGAAUGCCAGGUACAGCAAUUACAAAAUCUGUGGUUGCAAAUGAACCCGGUGGCAGGAAGAGAGAUGAGAUCUUUGUUGAUGUAAUUGAGAAAAUAAGUGUUACAUUCAAUUCUAGUGGAUUUAUACUAACCAGUGAGAUAGAUGGAACCAUUCAAAUGAAGAGUUAUCUUUCUGGUAACCCAGAGAUUCGACUUGCUCUCAAUGAAGACCUGAGUAUAGGGACAAGUGAUUACAGAGGUUCAGGUGCUGUGAUUUUGGAUGAUUGUAACUUCCAUGAGUCAGUACACCUUGAUAGUUUUGAUCUUGAUAGAACUUUGUCAUUGGUACCACCAGAUGGUGAGUUUCCAGUCAUGAAUUAUCGUAUGACUCAACCAUUUAAACCACCAUUUCGUAUUACUGCAUUGAUUGAAGAAACAGGAUCCCUGAAGGCUGAAGUGACUAUUAAAGUGCGAGCUGAGUUCAACUCAAGUACCAAUGCUAACACUAUUCUUGUACAGAUGCCUCUGCCAUCAUUUACAGCUCGUGUUAAUUUUGAGUUAGAACCUGGAGCAGUUGGACACACCACUGAUUUUAAGGAAACAAAUAAAAGACUGGAAUGGGGCCUGAAAAAGGCUGUUGGUGGAUCUGAACAUACUCUACGAGCAAAGCUCACGUUUUCACAGGAGUUACAUGGAAACAUCAUGAAAGAAGCAGGGCCUGUAAGCAUGACUUUCACCAUACCUAUGUACAAUGCUUCAAGGCUCCAGGUAAAGUAUUUGCAAAUAGCAAAGAAAUCAAAAGCACAUAAUCCUUAUCGCUGGGUUCGGUAUGUAACGGAAGCAAACUCAUACGUUGCCCGGUUAUAA